UCGAUGGAUGCAGCAAAAGCCGAUUCGACUACAGCUUCAUUCACGGAAGUGACGCUUGACAGAGAAGGACGGCCGCCACUGCUCCGAUCGCUCACCCACGAAAUACUCUUCCUCAUUACCUGCGCCACUGCAACAGCUCUCUCCUCCCUCUCUGUCGGCAGCGCAAACACAGCCCUAACAUCAAUUGGAAACGACCUACACAUGUAUGACGCCUCUUCUCUCUCCUGGAUUGUCUCAGCAUUCUCCCUUGCAAGUGGAUGUGUCCUCCUCUCCGCUGGCCGUGCCGCAGACCUAUAUGGACGGCGCAAAGUCUUUCUGGUGGGAGGUGUCAUAUUUAUGGUUGCAUGUAUCAUCUGUGGAUUUUCCAAGAACAAGGAGAUGAUGUACACUUUACGUGCAAUGCAAGGAUUGGGAGCAGGAAUCUGUACACCGGCUGGAGUGGGGAUGAUUGGAGCGAUGUACCUCCCAGAUACGAGAAGGAAGGAGAAAGCUUUUGGGUUGUUGGGAGCGGCGUCCGCAUUGGCAUUUUUGACGGGUGUGUUGCUGGGAGGGAUUUGUUCGCAAUUGUUGAGUUGGAGGUGGAUUUACUGGAUUAUGUCGAUCUUUGCGGCCUUAAUGGUUGCAGGCGGGGUCUUUGUUGUUCCAAAGGAGUGUGAUGUCAGAAAUCCUGGAAACCUGGAUUGGAUUGGAUUGGGGCUGUCAGUGGUUGGUAUUUCGCUGUUGACAUACUCCGUCACUGCUUCCACCGACGCUCCACACAGCUGGCGAACAUGGUACAUCCCAACCCUCCUCGUUAUUUCAAUCCUUGUCAUUGCCCUAUUCAUUGCCUCCCAGCACUGGCAAGCCGACCCGAUGAUGCCUCUCUCAGUCUGGACCUUCCCCAACUUUGCACUCAUGAUGGCAAUUGUCUUCCUCGCCUGGGGUGUUUUCGAGGUAAUCACUGUUUACAUCGUCCUAUACUUCCAGAACAUCAAGGAGGCAACACCGUUGCUCACGAGCGCAUACUUUGUCCCGGACGUGAUAUUUGGAUGUCUUUCGAUUCCCCUGUCAGCACUCUUGCUGAGGUGGCUACAGAAACGUUGGGUGUUGUGCAUCGGCCUCAUCUUUCUCCUCAUCCCAACAAUCCUUUACGCCCUCGUCACCGAACACACCUCCUACUGGGCCAUCCCCUUCCCCGCCAUUUCUAUCUCUGCAGUUGGUGGUUUCUUCCUCUACACCAUUGCAAAUCUCUUUUGCUCCUCCUCCGCACCACCAGAGAAACAAUCACUUGUUGGUGGGGUGUUCAAUACUAUGUUGCAGAUCACAACAGCAGUUACAUUGGCAUUAGCUGCAACUGCAGCAAACUCAACUGGGGCAGAUGAGAGC